ACAAAAUUAAGACUUUGUUACCUAAAAAAAAGAUAUUUUAUUUUCGUCCUAAAAAAUGACCAACUUCCAAUAGAUAGAGAGAGCACAAAAAUGCAGAACCAACGCCAAGUAUCAGAGUAGACUUCAAUUUCUCAGCGGCAGCGAUCUGAUGGGCAAAGGACAGCACUUGGAUUGGACAGCAAGGUCCAUAACAUCCGGAGGAAGUGAACGAAUUUCUCUUUUGUCAAGACAGGCACAAAGGAAUGCAAAUGAAGACCAAUCUCCAAAUGACCUUGAAAUUGGGGAUGGAGUGGAGGCUGCAAAUGUUGGAUUUGGUAGAGUUUUUUCUUUGGCGAAACCUGAAGCUGGGAAGCUAGCUGUUGGUACUAUUGCAUUGCUGAUAGCGUCCACGUCGAGUAUUCUGAUUCCUAAAUUUGGAGGCAUGAUCAUAGACAUCGUGUCAAGAGAUAUAGGAACUCCUGAAGAGCAGUCAGAAGCUAUGGAUGCAGUCAAGAAUACCAUACUAGAAAUUGUGCUAAUAGUUGUAACUGGUUCUGUGUGCACUGCACUUCGAGCAUGGCUAUUUACUUCUGCUAGUGAAAGAGUUGUAGCUCGCCUGAGAAAGAACUUAUUCAGCCACCUAAUUAAUCAGGAAAUAGCCUUCUUUGAUGUUACUCGAACAGGAGAACUUCUAAGCCGGCUGUCAGAAGACACACAGGUCAUAAAAAAUGCUGCAACAACCAAUCUUUCUGAGGCUCUGCGUAAUUUAACAACUGCAUUAAUUGGCGUUAUCUUCAUGUUUACAUCAUCAUGGAAACUAACAUUGCUGGCUUUGGUCGUGGUCCCAUUCAUUUCAGUUGCUGUAAGAAUUUUUGGGCGCUAUCUUCGUGAACUUUCACACGCUACUCAAGCUGCAGCUGCAGUAUCUGCUUCAAUAGCUGAGGAAUCCUUUGGGGCCAUACGAACAGUAAGAUCUUUUGCUCAAGAAAACUAUGCCAUUUCAAACUAUUCAGAAAAAGUUGACGAGACACUAAAGCUGGGACUCAGGCAAGCAAGAGUGGUCGGUCUGUUCUUUGGAGGGCUAAAUGCAGCAUCCACUUUAUCUGUCAUCGUAGUUGUAGUUUAUGGUGCAUACCUGACAAUACUAGGCUCCAUGACUGCGGGCUCCCUUACGUCCUUCAUUCUUUAUAGUCUCACAGUUGGUUCUUCAGUAUCAUCUUUAUCAGGAUUAUAUACAACUGCAAUGAAAGCUGCUGGGGCAAGUAGGAGAGUAUUCCAGCUUCUGGAUCGUGUCUCAAGCAUGUCAAAAUCUGGAGAAAAGUGUCCUAUAAGUCAUCCAGAUGGUGAGAUGGAGUUGGACGAUGUCUGGUUUGCUUAUCCUUCCCGCCCAAGUCACAUGGUCCUCAAGGGUAUAACAUUGAAGCUAAAUCCAGGUUCAAAAGUUGCUCUGGUCGGCCCAAGUGGUGGUGGAAAGACAACAAUAGCAAACUUAAUAGAAAGGUUCUAUGAUCCUCUAAAGGGAAAGGUCUUGCUCAAUGGAGUUCCUCUAGUGGAAAUAUCACAUGAGUAUCUUCACAGAAAGGUUAGUAUAGUGAGCCAGGAGCCAGUUCUCUUCAAUUGUUCUAUAGAAGAGAACAUUGCGUAUGGAUUCGAUGGCAAAGCUAGUUUUGCAGACAUAGAAUCUGUAGCUAGGAUGGCUAACGCACAUGAAUUCAUCGACAAGUUUCCGGAAAAAUAUCAAACAGUGGUUGGUGAACGCGGGUUAAGGCUGUCAGGAGGCCAAAAGCAGAGAGUGGCCAUUGCAAGAGCACUAUUGAUGAAUCCAAAAAUCUUACUAUUAGAUGAAGCCACAAGUGCUCUAGAUGCAGAAAGUGAAUAUCUUGUUCAGGAUGCGAUGGAUUCUCUGAUGAAAGGUAGGACAGUUCUAGUGAUAGCACACAGGCUUUCUACAGUUAAAAGUGCAGACAUUGUUGCUGUGAUAUCUGACGGUGAGAUAGCCGAAAGCGGCACUCAUGAAGAGCUUCUCAGCAAAAAUGGCAUUUACACUGCACUUGUUAGGAGACAGCUUCAAGAAACCAAGACUACACUUUAAAUUUUGAAAGCCAAGAGACAUGUAAUUUUUCACAUCAAUGCUACAGUCUACUGAUGCUAUCAACUCUUUUGAUUAGGUUAAGUCAGAAACUGAAAAACAAAUACUAGAAAUGUUCAUCCAUCCCACUCUGCUGUGGUUAACUAUAGUUAUCAUAAUCAAUAAAGAUAAUCACUAUCAUCUUCCUAGAGUUAA